UGAGGGUCAUGUGACUCGUGCUUCUCCUUCGUCGUUCAGCGGAUCCUCUCUCAGCUGAGCUGUGCUUAAGUUUCUGUAGUCAAAAGUUUUCACCAUUGAGAUAAUCCUGGGUUAAAGCGAAACACCAUGGCGGAACUCAGUUUUGUGAUCACCGUGUCAGUGAUGACCCUGUUUUGGGGAAUUAUCGGCGGAGUAGUGCCCUGGUUUAUCCCCAAAGGACCGAACAAAGGAGUCAUAAUCACAAUGCUGGUGUUGACUGCAGUCUGCUGCUACCUGUUCUGGUUGAUAGCAAUGCUGGCCCAGCUAAACCCACUUUUUGGACCGACUCUGUCCACUGACACCAUCUGGUACCUGUACUAUCACUGGCCUUAAUUCAUCCAUCCACGACUCUAGACCGCACAGCAGAGGAGGACCUGCUGCUGCUUCAUACCAAUGGAUGUUUGCUCGUUAUGCCAUGGAGAGAUCAUUCCUUCUGAAUUGCCUCAAACUCAGACCCCUGUGUGAUUAUAGACUGGUGCCUUAUAUGAAAACAGUUUCCAAAGGACCUUUUGAGCAAUCUCACUGAAUGUGCCCAACUUAAAUUAAAGCAACCAUCACUUGCUGUUGUUCUGUUUAUAUUUAAUGUAUAUUGUUGGUAUUGUUAAUAUUAAUUAUCGUUUCUGUGAGUAGCUGAUGUAUGGUGUGUUUGAUGUCAUCUUUUCUGUUUGGUAUUACUUAUAGAUUUCGUCUGUUUGAUAGAUGUAAACUAAUAAAAUAAUACUGGACUACA